CCACCCUCCCUGCCGCAGAACUCAUUGCGCACAGCCACAACAGAUGGUCCAGUCGCUACUCCAGCCUGCAUGCGCGUAACCAUUUGGCGCAGAAGUACUUUCAUUUCUCCAAAACUUUCUGCAGCGUUCAGUUCAGGAGUGCAGGAGAGCAGGACUUUCUGGAUUCUCUGUUUGAGCGCGACACCUGCCGUGAAGGUCAGAAGCGGCCAUGCCAUUUGGCUGUUUAACAAUCGGAGAGAAGAAGGACUACCACAAUCCUUCAGACGUGACAGACAAAUAUGACCUGGGUCAAAUUAUAAAAUCGGAGGAGUUCUGUGAGAUAUUCAGAGCCAAGGACAAAACCACAAUGAAAAUGUUCACAUGUAAAAAGUUUAUGAAAAAGGAUGGGAGGAAAGUUCGCAAGGCUGCCAAAAAUGAGAUUCUCAUCCUGAAAAUGGUGAAGCAUCCCAACAUCCUGCAACUGGUUGACGUCUAUGAGACCAAGAAAGAGUACUUCCUCUUCCUUGAACUUGCAACAGGCCGGGAGGUGUUUGACUGGAUCCUCGAUCAAGGCUAUUAUUCAGAACGGGACACCAGCAACGUGGUGCGCCAAGUGUUGGAGGCGGUGGCCUACCUGCACUCCCUGCACAUCGUUCACAGAAACCUAAAGUUGGAGAACUUGGUGUACUACAACCGCCUAAAGCACUCCAAAAUAGUCAUCAGUGACUUCCAUCUUGCCAAGCUGGAGAACGGGCUGAUCAAAGAACCUUGUGGGACACCAGAGUACUUGGCUCCUGAGGUGGUUGGCAGACAGCGGUAUGGUCGACCUGUGGAUUGCUGGGCAACAGGUGUCAUCACAUACAUUCUGCUGUCAGGAAACCCUCCUUUUUACGAUGAAACUGAUGAUGACGACUAUGAAAACCACGACAAGAAUCUGUUCCGAAAGAUCCUGGCGGGAGAUUAUGAGUUUGACUCACCGUACUGGGAUGAGAUUUCCGAUUCAGCUAAGAGUCUGGUGGCCCGUUUGAUGGAGGUGGAUCAAGACCAGAGACUGACCGCCCAGGAGGCUAUAAACCAUGAAUGGAUUUCUGGUGGUGCAGCUUCAGACAAGAACAUAAAGGAAAACGUGUGCGCUCAAAUAGAAAAGAACUUUGCCAGAGCCAAAUGGAAGAAAGCUGUGCGAGUCACCACCAUCAUGAAGAGAUUGAGAGCACCGGAGCAGAGUGAGUCCAAGCCAGCCACCCCUGCAUCUAGCCUCUUGGCUCUGCAGACCACCGCCAACCCUUCUGCACCUACAACAGCCGCAGUAGAGGGAACCCCUGCUGUCACAGAGCAGCCGGUUACAGGGGAAAUGAGCCAACAGGUGCAGCAGACCGAAGCCGCAGCAUCACCAGAAGAACCACAACAGUUGCAGGAGGGUGACCCCACGACUCGCUGCAAUGGUGAAGCAUCGGCCACGCUUUUCACUGCUGGAGAAAUUGCAAAGGAGCAGGGUUAAAAUUCCCACCACAGCCUUGUGUAACCUCUGCACCAACCCGUUUCUUACUGUAUAUUAGCUGCUAGCAUGGUGACACUGACUCUGCUUUUCUUUCACUUGCAGCUUUAGCGUAGUCUCAUGGAAACCUUUCCUGAGUGAUGCGUUGCAUUGGCUGUUUGGAUUUUAUGACGUGAUUAUUUCCACUGAUUUUCGGUGGGAUUUACAGUUACCAUAUGGAGCUCAUGAUUUACAGCUAAAUUAGUGAUUGUAAGGAAAAGUUGACUUAAUCAGCAGAAAAUUAGUUUGAUUACAAUUUAAAAAAACAGUUUGGGGAAACCUCUGCCCACCAAUUUAGAAAUGAAACCAUUUGUUAUGAAAAUCACUAUAAAGGGUUUUCUGGCCAAGCUGGCCACCCUCAUGCUUGGAUAAGAUUAUUUGUAUUUCACAUUGGAAAUACAUGUUUGCUGUCUGAUAAGCUGCCAGAUAUUGUGCAUUAAACACUGCUGACAUUGGUGACUGGGAGCUUUAAAACCCAGAACUCUAAUUUUUGAAUGAGACAGCUUAACACAAAAAGCACACUCAAACACUAAGUCCCUUUGCUCAUUUCCUGCUCAGGAAGCAAUCUCACGGUGUAAGUGUAAAGACUGUACAUAGAAACCUUUGUAGAAGUAGCUAUCACUGCAUGCAUUCUUACUCUUUGCUGUUUACGUACUCCCACCUUAUACAUUUCUACUAGGCUUGUCUCAGCGCUAGUCUCUGUUUCCUAACCCUAUUGCCUUGUUAACGCUAAAGUUCUUUUUGAGAAGGACAGCUAAAUAACAUUACUGUUACCCUAUGCCCUCGCUGUUAUUGUAAGUUCCAUCAGCAAAAAAAAGGUUUGAUGUAUCUGACUUUAUUUGUAGCUUUUGUCUAAACUCAUUGGAGGAGACGACUUUAUUCAAUCUGGACCCUCUUCUGUUUCUGUGCUUCAUGUCAGACUGCCUGUGCCAGACAUUGACUGAAAAACCACUCAUGUCUUAAUAUUUUAGUGAAACCUUUUGAUAAAAGGGAUGCACCAUCCUGGCUCUGUGGUGGCUGAGGUUAUCCUGGCUUUGUUUAGCUGUAAAAAGAAUAUGAUAAGGUAUUCAUUAGACACUGUUUAUCAUCAUAGAGCUUUUAUUUUCAUAUAUUUUUUAGUUGGGUCUGUAGUCCCCUUGAGUAUUAAUACUUUGCAACAAUUACAGAUCUUGAUAUUCGCUCUUGAGAAAGUUUAGCAAUAUUUGACUGCUGCAAAAACUGUGAAUCUUGGUGUCCUUUUAGAUGCAGUCCAUGUAUGUGUAAGUCUGUCAGCCGUCUGGCCCAUAGGAAACCCGGCACAUUUAGGUUGUGACUUACAAUUGCUGUGCUGAUUGAUGAACUGUGACACACACGGAAACAAGGUUUUAGUGCCCGGCAGCAUGCCCUGCAGGUACAGACUCUGUUCAAUUAUCCAAAUAGUUUAAAGCUGGAUCUUUGGUUCUGAGUCAAACUGAACACAACUAAGUAAAACCCAUGAAUUCUGCUGAUGUUUUCCCUCAUAAUUGUCCAUUGUUGCUUGUGUGGCUAUUUAAACACCCAUAAAUGCUAGAUGACAGUUGUUGUUUUUUUUGCAAUGAGCAAAGCAGACAGCAUGCCAACUUUAGUACAAUAUGCUAACUUGAGCUGUGGGGUUGUGUUGCCAAAACUAGACAACUGUAUUUGCAAUUGACACAGCUGCAUGAUUCUUACAGAGAGAGCCUACAAGACAGCAACAUGCUAACUUAAGUGUUAGCCAGCUCUCCUCAGCUUGUCUUAUAAAAUCUGUAAAUGCCAGAUAACUAGAUUAUGAUUUUUUUCUAUUAUGCUCUUCUGUCACUUUUUAAAAGUUAUUUGUUUAGAAAAUAUGUAAACACAUCAAGACAUCUACAAAAAAGUACCAGAAACUCAUGGAAUGGAGUUGUACCCUAUGCAUAAUAAAGAAAGGUAGCCUACCAGUUCAAUGCAAGAAAAUAGUAUCACUACGACUGGAAAAGAGUACUGUACUGUUGGGGUACAGCGUCCUAGCAAAAUGAAAAGAAAAAAAAAUGUAAUUAAAGUUUUGGAAAACUCAAAACUAAGAUGGAUCAAAUUUAAUCUUUACAGCAUGGGACAAAUAAAAAACUCACUCAUUCAAGAUCAAGCUGAACAGGGGUUUUUGAAUGUGCUUGUAGCAUAUGGUGUUAGGGUCUGUCCCUACCUGUUACUAGUGCAUGCUCACAGUUGGAAGAAGCUUGGUGUGAAAUAUCGAAGCAGAUCAAAACAACAAAUCUUGCGGAUUUUGCGCCAGAUUUUCCUGUGUAUUAAAGUCUUGGUGUCAUAAAAUAACGGCCAGACAAACCACAAUUAUCAACUUCUCCUCCAUAAUCAACUUUCAAACAGUUGCUAUAAUUCAAUUCAACUUUAUUUAUAUAGCCCAAAUUCACAACAAAAGUCGUCUCGGUGGGCUUUGUAAAGGUAAUUGAAAAAGUUAAACAUAAAAUCAAAAGGAUCAUCAAUACAUAGAAAAUAGAAAUCAAUAGGAAAAUAGACAGACUAAGCUAAACUGGACAUCCCUGCCCUUAGACCCCCCCUUCGCGGUAAGGAAAAACUCCUGAAAAAAAAAAACGGA